AUGAAAGUGGUAGCACUAGAUGCCGGUGGAGCAACACUCAAGGCGUCGGUAGUCGCUCCUGGUGUAUCUCCAACUGUUUCGAUUCUUGCAAACCAUGUAGCGUCUCUGUCUGCUCAUCCGUCGGUUAUUUAUAUGGGUCAAAAGCUGCAGGAACUUGAGCGGCAGCGUGCAAAGUUGCGCUACUUACGGCCUGUUCAGAGGGGGUACUGUGUCAAUUGGAACAUCGAGUCAGAACUGUGGACAUAUGUUAUGUCAGACGAGUUACUUCAGGUGAAGGAUCCGAUCGAGUAUUCAUUGGUCGUUACAUCUCCAUUACUAGCCCCUACAGUCGUGAAUGAGAGUAUGGAUCAAGUGGUGUUUGAAGAAUUGAAUUUCCAGUCCUACGCUCGUGUUAGUGCAGCUGAGACUUGUGUGCUGUCCUACUCUGAACACUGUGAACGUGAGUUUCAAGCAAGCAAAAGUUCCCGAAACAAGAUCAAGAUGGUCGAUCCAUUGACGUCUCUAGAUGAAGAUCUACUUCGGUUUUCGACGUCGUCGUGUCAUCUUGUAGUAGACUCGGGCUUUUCAUUUACUCAUGUGGUACCGGUGAUUGACGGAAAAGUUUAUACACCGGGUGUGAAACGUAUUAAUGUCGGUGGCAAACUACUGACAAAUUAUCUCAAGGAGAUUGUAUCAUUUCGUCAGUGGAAUGUUAUGGAUGAUACACGAGUGAUGAAUGACUUGAAAGAGGCACUUUGCUAUUGCUCUAUGGAAUUUGAAAACGACCUUCAUCGAUAUCAUACUGAUCGACAGGAAAGGAAGCAUUGGAUUUUGCCUGACUUUGUCUAUACUUUUGAGGGAAGAUGCCGUGGAGAUGAUGUAAAAGAUGAUGAGCCCGAGAUCGAUGAAGAACAGCCUGUGAAGGCUCCCGAAGAGGAACAGGCCUUGGAAAUGGGGGUCGAAAUGAUAACGGUGCCGGAGGUGCUGUUCAAUCCAACAGAUAUUGGUAUUCACCAGGCGGGAAUCGCAGAGGCUAUCGUCCAGGCUGUUAAGACGUGCCCGGAAGAGCUCUCAGAUGCCUUUUACGCAAACAUCUUGCUGGUUGGGGGCAACACCAAAUUUAAGAACUUUCGGCAGCGACUCGAGCGCGAUUUACGGUCGUUGGCGCCCGUCGAUUUUGACAUUGGUCUUCACGUGCCAACAGAUCCAGUACUCGCAGCAUGGCAAGGUUGCUGUUCUUUAGCGGGCUCGGACGCGCUGUCUGAACGCGUCGUAAGCAGGAAGGAGUACGAAGAGCAUGGAAGCAACAUUUGUCUGAAGCGCUUCUAA